GCGAUUAGCGCUCGAGGAGAUGAUCGGUACCGACGACCCAGCCUGGGAGCGGAUCCGGAAGCAAAAAUCGAAUAUCGACUCAACUCAACCUGGCCUGGGUCGUUACCGACUCUGCGAAUGAUACGGACUGCGAGCUGUACGGUGGUUGGUCUACCCCACACACACUCUCGCACAUCACCACCAUCACAAGCAGAAUUUGAUAUCCAAUGUCCGAGCCCGACACCCUAGAAUCCUUCAUCUCGGCCAAGUUCACCGCCCUCGCCCUGUCCAUCCCGGAAGAUGACGUAGAAUACAUAGCCAGGCUCGUCGAAGAGGAAGAACUCGAAGAUGACGACAAGAAAGAGGGCGUCAAGGGGAUGCUAGAGGGGUUCUUGCCGAUGAAGGACGGACAAACCCCCGAAGACCCCGACUUCGAUCUUGAUCCGACGAUAACAAACAUCAUCGACCAUUGGCGAGACCGACGAGCAGCAGCCGCACAGGAGGCAGCCGCACAGGAGGCAGCUGCGGAGGGUGAAGAGGGAGCGGAAGGAGAUGGCGAUACCGGAAGCGAGAGCGAUAGUGGAAGUGAUGAUGGAGAAGGCGACGGCGAUGGUCAGGGAGGAUCCCGCAAACCCUCAACCUCGACCCCAGCCGAGAAGAAAGCCCACCGAGCCAAAGUAAAAGCCCAGACCUCCCUCAUAGCCUCUCUCUCCCCGGAAGAACUAGCCGCCGCGCAACGGAGGGCGCUCUUGGCUCAGUACGGCUAUGUAGAGGACGAGAAUGUGGUACAGGACGAUACGUCUGGGGGAGCACGGGGGGAGACCUUGCGAAAGAGGGAAGAGGAAAAGGAAGCCAAGGAACGGAGGGCGUUGAUCGAUGCUGCUAUUAGGGGGGAGGCGAAGCGGAAGAAAAAGUCCAAACGGGCUAGGGAGACUGUCGACCUGAUGGCACCUAACCUGAACAAGGAAAAGGUCCAAGUCAAAGCGCAAAUGUUGAGACAGAUUGCGAAACAGGAAUCGCAGAGCGUACAGGCGAGGGACAAGGCGGCGUUGGAGAAGCAGAGGGCGGACCAGGCGAAAGCCAAGGCCGACAAGCAGAAGAAGGCUCAGAAGCAAGAACGCAGAGCGUAGAAUCCCCUUGCGGGUGGGUACGAAAAAAGGUUGUCCGGUGAUCACCUGUCAGACGGAUUGUAACGAUACCCACACCAGGGAGAUUUCAGGAAGUUGUGGAUUACGGAAAACGCCGUCGGGUUUCCUCGGACCCGUGUGCAAACCCAUC